CUGCACGGCAAGCUGACUGUGUGGGGGAGAGAGUGAGACACAGCAAUAAGAGAGAGAGAGACAGAGACAGAGAGAGCCAGUGAAAUAGUGAAAUAGAGGGGGGCUGACAGAAUAAUGUGGGAAACUAUACACUGAGGAACUACCCAAACCUGAAGAAGAAUUUUAUGACAACGUUUAUGGGAGACCAGGACAGGGACCCCAACCUGUGGAGACCAUGGGCAGCCCCACCCCCCCUGUGCGUUCCCUCAACGUCACCGAGUCAGCCAACACAUCAUGGGCCGGGGCGGCUGGCGGGGAGCCAGGUUACAGCGAGGUGGAAAUGGUCCUCCUAGGCAUGUUGAUGUCACUGCUGGUCGUAGGCAUUGUGUUCGGCAACAUCCUGGUCAUCAUAGCCAUCUACCGGUUCCAGAGACUGCAGAACAUCACCAACUGCUUCAUCACCUCUCUGGCCUGUGCCGACCUGGUCAUGGGUCUCAUCGUGGUGCCGUUCGGAGCCUGCUACAUCAUCUUCAACACCUGGCACUUUGGCAGCUUCUGGUGUGAGUUCUGGACCGCCACUGACGUGUUGUGCGUGACGGCCAGCAUCGAGACGCUCUGCGUGAUAGCGCUGGACCGUUACCUGGCCAUAACCUCUCCGUUCCGCUACCAGUCUCUGCUGACCAAGUGUAAGGCACGCGUGGUGGUCCUGCUGGUGUGGGUGAUCGCUGGACUCAUCUCCUUCUUACCCAUCCACAUGAAGUGGUGGAUCAGUGACGACGCGGAGGCGAAGGCCUGCAUCCAGAACAGCAACUGCUGUGACUUCAACACCAACACAGCCUACGCCAUCACCUCGUCCAUCAUCUCCUUCUACAUCCCCUUAGUCGUCAUGGUGUUUGUCUACAGCCGCGUGUUCCAGGAGGCCAAGCAGCAACUACGCAAGAUUGACCGCAGUGAGGGGCGCUUCCACGCCCAUAACAACAACAUGGCAGGAGGAGGAGGAGGAGGAGGAGGAGGAGGAGGGGUGGAGAGUAACAACGAGAGCCGAGGAGUUGGAGGAGGCUUCAGGAAGACCAAGUUCUGCCUGCGGGAACACAAGGCCCUGAAGACCCUCGGGAUCAUCAUGGGGAUCUUCACGCUGUGCUGGCUACCCUUCUUCGUCCUCAACGUGGUGGUAGCCAUCUGGAAGGUAGGGGACAUCGGACUCGCCUUCAGGAUACUCAACUGGAUAGGUUACGCCAACUCCGCAUUCAACCCCUUGAUCUACUGCAGGAGCCCUGAGUUCAGAUACGCAUUCAAGGAGAUCCUGUGCAUCAAGAAGGUCCGGUUCCCCAACAUAGGGCCUACUAAUGGAUACGUGUACAGCGGACACAGCUGGCAGAGUGAGCAGCAGGGAGGGAGGAGUAAAGGGAGCUCGGAGGACAGGGAGGACAGUGACCCAGCUGCAGACGGGUGCUCGGGGCGGGGAGAGGCCGGUGGGUGUGGAGCUGCAGACAGAACGGACCCGAACGGGAACUGCAGUAAAGGGUUAACGACUGUACUUUAACCCCUCAUAUUUGAUCUCUGGAGCAGACAGACAUAUUUCAUUGCCAUCGGCCAUUGUCACUUCACCAAGUCACUGAGAUAAGACUGGAUGGAUGGAUAGAGGGUGAAUG